CAGACUGGACUCUCCGCCUUCCAUCCCUGCAGGAUGCUGCACUUGCCGCGUGUCAUCAUCGCGUAACCGCCAAUGGAGACCGCGCCUAGAGCCCAUCCCCCGUCCGCACCCAGGCCCGAUCGCGGCGCGGAUCGCCCGCUAUCGCGGCCGUUUCCUACGUCGAAAUCCGAGAAGGCGAGACCGCAUAGCCAAUCGAGUUCCGACACGUCUCACAGCACGACACCACGGGCCCAAUCGCAUGCACGGCUGCAGCCCUUCACUCCCUCGCACCCUUCCGUACCGCCCCGAAGUCCUCCUGCUACAGGCGGUUCCGUCUUGCGAGGCUCGAUAAGCCACGAGAAUCUGAGAUUAGGUUCGGAUUCCGAACCUGAAUCGAGCCUCGGUGACGAGCCGGACGGGUUUGAGUUCCCCGGUUUGUCGGGUUCGGCCGGCGGGCCGGUCGCCUCUGCGGUGUCGAGAGUUUCCGCCGCACGCCAUGCAUUUCCGCGGAGCGUUUCCGCCUCCAGCGGGAUUCCUGCGGAGACUUCCGCGCGCGCCCCGACUUCCCGCGGGCGCCCUCCCCCCGCCAGAUCAUCCGACGUGGACAGCAGAUCUGACGGUGGAGAUUCGCUUAGUUUAGACGACGUUAGGUCCGAUAGCGGCGGCGCGUCAUGGCCCGAUUAUGCGGGAAACGGCGGCGGAUCCCCUCUUUCCGGCGCCCGCGCGCUCCCCCAUUCCCCCCUUUCCUCGCGCUCUGCUUCCGCCAGUCCAAGCCGGCUUCCGCCUGGGCGCGGUAGGCCGGGAGUGAUCAGCCCUUCUGGCGGAGCAGCAGCCACGGGGGGACGCGAGUUUGCGCGUUCCGCCUCGCAGCCCGUGCGGAAGCUAGACUCAGUCAGACACUCCUCCGCACACACGCCUCCGCUCCCUUCCCCCCUUUCCUCCAGUUCCUCCGCUGGUGCAGCUCCCCCGCCAGGUCUUCCCCCCGCGAGGAGAGCUGGGGAACAAGCGCAAGGGCAAGCGCGCGCCCGCCCGAUGACGUCGGGGAAAGCCCCGCUGGCGGCGGAGGGGUUCGCUGGCGGGGGAAGGGGAGCAGCAGGCGCGCCGAUCAGGAUUACCGCAGCUGCCUCCGCCGCCGCCGUGGCUGCUGCUGCGGAUGGCGCAAGCAGUGCUACAGCCGCCGUUCCCCCCGGCGGCGCUGGCGGCCUGCGCACUGUGGCGGGCGCGGUGGCGUCUCGCGCCCUGAGGAAGAGCGCGAGCGCGCCGCAGGUGCGGCCGGGGGAGGGGCCGUCGAACGCGAGCACGCGCGCCGUGGCUGAGAGGGCGGCGCUGAAGCUGCGGGGCCGGGGACACCCUGGCAGUGCUGACGCCGGGGGUGGUGGGGGUGCCGGAGGGGGUGAUAGUGAUGGGGUUGUGGCAGGAGUAGGAGCAGUAGGAGCGGAGAGGCCGAGGACGAGAGUGGGGCGGGGGGCGAUGCAGGGAGAAGCCGAUGAAGACAGCCCACGGCUUGGCCGCGCAGGCGCGCAUGGCGCAGGGCCGAGCGCAGGGGAUGUAGGGGGCGGGGUAAGGGUGGGCGGGUUUGCAGCGCCGAGGGAGCGGCCCACGACGCCCCCGAGGCGAGACAUGUCUGCUGCGAGCAGCGCUGCUGGCGUUGCUGCCGCUGUUGGCGUGGGUGUGGUGCUAGACCGCCCCAAGACGCCGUCGCGCAUGGACAUGCACGACGCGGAGAGGGCUAGAGCGGCCGCCGCAGCAGCAGGAGGGGGAGUGGCAGCAGCCGGCCCACUGCAGCAGCCGCUGACCCCGCGGGUGCUGGAGCGGCCGUCCACGCCGCUGGCUGGGCAGCGCCCCACCACGCCUCUGCUGCGCGCCGAGGCGGGGCUCGAGCGCCCAAGGACGCCCACGAGGCGGCAGGACGGGGAAAGAGGGCACGCAGGGGGGGCGGCGGCAUGGGCGGAGGGGGCGGCAGGGCGACGGGAGGGGGCUCUGGAGAGGCCGAAGACGCCCACGAGGCGGCAGGAUGGGGCGGCAGGGGGGGUGCGGGGGGAGGAGCCACAGGAGCGGCUGGAGCGGCCGACCACUCCGCUCCACGGGAUGGAGGCAGCCCCCCCCGCGCACAUGCACGACGUGGGCGUGGCAGGGGGGCGAUUGGGGGCAGCAGAGCGCCUAGAUGUGGACGUAGAGCGGGCAGGGCCUGCAGGGCGCCCGCACACGGCAGUGAGCCGAGUGCAGCCCGGCAGCCGGGCGGACCGGUCCAGCUUCCGCGGUAAAGUCAGGCCCAAGUCGUUUGUGGAGAGGGGAGGGGGAGGGGGAGGGGCAGCGUGGGUUGGCGCAGCGGCAGUGCAGCGGCCCACCACUCCUGUGAGGCGCGCUGAUGGGUCCAUGGACCGACCACUCACUCCUGGGGGGAGGCGGGCGGCCAUGGGGGGAGAGGGGGGGGCAGGAGGAGGAACGUCAGGAGGGGAAUUUGCAGGGAUCGAACGGCCCUCAACGCCCGCUGGUAGGAUAGCUGGGGUCGAUCAAACGGUCCUGCUCGACCGCCCGUCAACGCCCCUGGGCGGCCGCCCAACCACACCGCCCGGCGCCCGUCCCACUACGCCAUCUGGCGGGCGGCCGACGACGCCGGACCGCGGGCGGCUGGACGCGGCAGUGAAUCCCCUGGCUCGGGCGAAUCGGAUGGCGCCGUUCCCCAUGCCGCUGUUCCCCCACUCUGCUUCCACUGGGCGCGGCGGCGUGGGCGAGUUCGAUCGCCUCUGCGUGCAGCAUGAGGACGAGGAGGACGAGGAGGCGGAGGGGGAGGGGGAGGAGGGGGAGGAGGGGGGGCGGGAGGGGAGUUGGCGUAGGGUGAGCGGGGCUGGUGGGGAGAGGAGCUCUGGGACAAGGCCGUCUGGUGGUGGGAUGGGCAGCGGGGGAGGGGGGGUACGUCCUGUGCAGAGCAGCAGCAGUGGCAGCGGUAGCAGCGGCAGUGAGGGACAGGCACGAGGGCAGGGCAUUGGGCGGGGCACAGGGCAGGGGAGGGGGCAGGGGAGAGGCGGAAGCAUGGGCCGGAUGCAGGGGGGGCAGCAGCAGGGGAUCAGAGGGGCGGGACGAGGCGAACUGCAGGGAGGCUUUGGAGAGGGUAUAGGGGCAGGGAGGCUGCCACCUGGGAAGGCUGUUUCUAGGGAAGGUACAGCUGACAGGGGGGGCGUGAGACAGGGGGAGAUGGGGCAUGGGGCGAAGGCAGGGGUGGCCUCAACAGGAGCUUGUGCUGUUGGGAGGAGGUAUGGGGGCGUGGAACACGCUGACAUGGCAUCAGGGUCCACUUCCAGCGCUGCUGACUCAGCACCUGCAGAUGCUGACGUGUUCAGGGCGUUUAUCCUGGGCCGCCCAUAUGCUGACGUGGAGGAGCGGUUUGAGAUGGAGGGGGAGGUGCUGGCACGGGGGGAGUUUGGGGCGGUGCGCGUGUGCGUGGAACGGGAGAGUGGGGAGACGCUUGCCUGCAAGAUGAUUGACAAGCGCAGCAUCCAGUCCACCGACGAGGCGCGCAACCUGAGGCGGGAGGUGGCGGCCAUGGAGGUGGUGUCAGGGCAUCCCAAUGUGGUGCGCCUGCAUGCCGCAUGUGAAGAUGAUAAGAGCAUCUUCCUGGUGAUGGAGUUGUGUCGGGGCGGCGAUCUCUUUGACUUCAUGCGGCAGUACGGCCGCCUGCCCGAGUCCAUGGCAGCCCCAGUGUGCCGGCAGCUGCUGCAGGCGCUGCACCACUGCCACACGUGCGGCGUGCUGCACCGCGAUGUGAAGCCCGAGAACGUGCUGCUGCUCAUGCCGGGCAGCGUCAGCCAGAUCAAGCUGGUUGACUUUGGGAUCUCCACAGACGUUGAGCCUGAUGCUGCCUCGUGCAAGCUGUACGGCACACCCCUCUAUCUCGCCCCAGAGACUCUGGACGGCAUCUGGGGCCCUCCAGCUGACGUCUGGAGCACAGGGGUUCUAGUCUAUGCAUUGUUGUCCGGACUUCCCCCCUUUUGGGCCGCUUCAAAUGAGGCCAUUUACAGUGCCAUCCGCACCAAAGCCCCUCGCUUCACAUCUGCGCGCUGGAAGCAUGUGUCUGAGGGCGCCAAAGAGCUGCUCCAAGCCAUGCUGGUGAAAGACCCCACUAGACGGAUCACAACAAGCCAGGCACUAGCACAUGAAUGGAUUCGGGAUACAGCAGGUGCUCCACAAUCUCCCACACUCCCUCCUCCCCGUCUCCUCUCACCGCAUUCAUCAUCCAGCUUCUUUUCUGGGAGAACCCUCGAUAGUGAGCCCUCUCUCUCCUCUCAAGCUUCUGUUUCCUCCGAGCCUUCAGUCGCCUCGGAACUUUCUCCCUUGCCAGGAGGUCUGAUGCGAGAGCCGUCACUGGCUUUAGGCUUACUUUGAAUCAGACCCGCAAACUUAGCUGUCAUUAGCACUUUUACAUUUUAGGU